AUGGCGCAUACUGGCGGCCCCCGACAAACCAAGAUUUACACUCGCACGGGUGACAAAGGCACGUCCGCAACGUACACUGGGCAGAGGCGGCGCAAGGACGACGCAGUCUUCGAGGCCCUGGGUGCCACAGACGAGCUCAACUCUCACAUUGGCUACGUCCGCGCUAUCCUAAAGCAUCCAGAGGUCAGCGAACAGCUCAAAUGGGUUCAGUGCUUGCUCCAAGACCUCCAGGCUUCUAUCGCAACGCCGUUGUCAUCAGCAUCGGAGGGGCAGAGAGCCAAAACCGAGUUUCCAGCCGAGCACAUUAAGGAGCUGGAACAGUGGAUUGAUGCACAUUCCGAGAACCUGCCACCACUCAAGAAUUUCAUCCUUCCCUCCGGAAGUCCAGCUGGUGCAGCUCUCCACAUAGCCCGCUCAGUCUGCCGGCGUGCUGAAAGAAGAGUGACUUCACUUUUCUUAGAAAAAGAGGUGGAUGAAGUUGUGAUGAAAUAUAUAAACAGGUUGAGCGACUACCUGUUCGUAGCUGCGCGGGUCUGCUCUCACCACGAAAAUGCGGAGGAAACUAUUUACAAGUGACACCGUGCCAAGGAUACUAUCCAUUCACAUUAUAGGUCUUUCCAUAAUUAAAUGGUUUUAUUACCUUGUA